ACCUUUUCAUCAUCACGUGGUUCGAGCGGAUCAGUAUCAUGGUGAUCCUGCUAAACUGCGUCACUCUGGGGAUGUACCAGCCCUGCGAGAACAUCGACUGCACCUCAGAACGCUGUCAGAUUCUACAGGCAUUCGAUGCGUUUAUCUAUAUAUUUUUUGCACUGGAGAUGGUGGUGAAGAUGGUGGCCCUGGGGAUCUUUGGCCGUCGGUGUUACCUUGGUGAUACUUGGAACAGACUGGACUUUUUUAUCGUCAUGGCAGGGAUGGUGGAAUACUCCCUUGAUCUGCAGAAUAUCAACUUCUCAGCCAUCAGAACAGUUCGUGUACUCAGACCCCUGAAAGCCAUCAACAGAGUACCCAGUAUGCGUAUUCUGGUCAACCUGCUGCUGGACACUCUGCCCAUGCUGGGAAACGUGCUCCUGCUCUGUUUCUUUGUCUUUUUCAUUUUUGGCAUCAUUGGAGUGCAGUUGUGGGCUGGACUGUUGAGAAAUCGCUGUUACCCGGAGGAGAACUUUACCCUCACACCUGGCAUAACUCUUCCCACCCCAUAUUAUCAGCCUGAGGAGGAUGACGAGCGGCCCUUCAUCUGUUCGCUGCCCCAGGAUAACGGCAUCAUGUCCUGCAGAGACGUGCCCACUCGGCGAGAGGGUGGACGAGAAUGCUGUCUGGAUAAAGAAGAUGCACUGCACCGUCAGGCCCUGGGCCUCAGCGCGGAGCCUCUGGUUAAUGGCAGUGCCUCCGCCAUGGGGCUCUGUAUCAACUGGAAUCAGUACUACACCCGCUGUCACACUGGACACACAAACCCUCAUAAAGAUGCCAUCAAUUUCGACAACAUUGGUUAUGCCUGGAUUGUCAUAUUUCAGGUGAUCACUCUCGAGGGCUGGGUGGAGAUCAUGUACUACGUCAUGGACGCUCAUUCCUUCUACAACUUCAUCUAUUUUAUAUUCCUCAUUAUUAUUGGAUCUUUCUUCAUGAUCAAUCUGUGCCUGGUCGUCAUUGCUACGCAGUUUUCUGAGACCAAACAGCGUGAACACCAGCUAAUGCAGGAGCAGCGCGCUCGCUGCCUGUCCUCCAGCACAUUGGCGUCGCUCGCAGAGCCCGGAGACUGCUAUGAGGAGCUCUUCCAGCUGGUCUGCCACAUCCUACGCAAGGCCCGACGCCGCUCAGCCGCCCUUUACUACACGCUCCGUGGCAAAGCCCCUCCCCCUGGGGGAGGAAGGGGGCGAGGUAGGGGAGGAACGGAGGCGGUUGGAGGAGGAGCUAAUGUGAAUGGAGGAGAAAGACACCAUUGCCACUCAGCUCAGACGGCUCACUGUAUUAACGAAAGCAAGUUGGACCACAGCUCCCAAACUCUCGAGAACACCGUUUCUCUCUCUGUCACUCCAAAUCCGGAGGAAUGCUCGCAGUGUGCCGCGGCCCUGUCGAUCAAAGAGGGAUCGGGGUCGCCGGACCACUCGGCCAAUGGGGAGGAUGGAGGGAGUGAAAGGGAUGUGAACCCCUUGGAUGAGAGGGAGGAUGAGCAACACACCGAAGAAAUGCAAAAGAGCAAACGCACCUGUUUGGUGAAAUGUAAAGACCUUUGGGAUGAAAUGAGAGUGAAACUUUGGGGUAUCGUGGAGAGCAAGUACUUCAACAGAGGGAUUAUGAUCGCCAUCCUUAUCAAUACAAUCAGCAUGGGCAUUGAGCACCACAACCAGCCCGAUGAGCUGACUAAUGUCCUGGAAAUUUGUAAUAUAGUGUUCACCAGCAUGUUUACGCUGGAGAUGAUCCUCAAGCUCACCGCCUUUGGCUUCUUUGAGUAUCUGAGAAACCCCUACAAUAUCUUUGAUGGCAUCAUUGUGAUCAUCAGUGUUUGUGAGAUCAUAGGGCAGUCUGACGGAGGUCUGUCCGUCCUGAGGACGUUCAGACUGCUGAGGGUCAUAAAGCUGGUGCGGUUCAUGCCAGCUCUCCGCAGACAGCUGGUGGUCCUCAUGAAGACCAUGGACAACGUGGCCACCUUCUGCAUGUUACUAAUGCUCUUUAUCUUUAUAUUCAGUAUUCUUGGAAUGCACAUCUUUGGCUGUAAAUUUAGCCUGAAGACAGAAGCUGGGGACACGGUACCUGACAGAAAAAAUUUUGACUCUCUGCUUUGGGCCAUUGUCACAGUGUUUCAGAUCUUAACUCAGGAGGACUGGAACAUGGUUCUGUAUAAUGGCAUGGCCUCUACCUCCCCGCUGGCAGCCCUGUAUUUCGUGGCCCUCAUGACCUUCGGGAACUACGUUCUCUUCAAUCUGCUUGUGGCCAUCCUGGUGGAGGGAUUUCAGGCUGAGGGCGACGCUAACCGCUCCUACUCAGAUGAUGACAGAUCCUCCUGUAACUUAGAAGAAAUAGAAAAGAAAGACUCUCUUCAGCUGUCAGAUCCCAAGAUUUCAACUUUGACCCCUAAUGGCCAUCUCGACUUGGCCCCUGCGCCCAACGCCAGGGGUCUGUACCCUUCAGAAAGGCUGAGCUUUGCCUUGGGUUCUCGCAAGAGCAGCGUGAGCUCUCUGGGCAGGGCUAGCCUGGAGCAAACCACUCUGUGCCCUGGACGAGCCUCUCUGUACCACAACUGGGGGCGGCCCACCCUGCAAGGCGUGUGGAGUCGCAGGUCAAGCUGGAACAGCUUGGGGCGAUCCUCAAGAUGUCUGGGUAUGGGCGGAGGAGGAAGUUUAAGGGUCCGCAGUCCUAACUCCCGCCCAGCCGAGCAGGAGUCCCUGCUCUCGCCGCCGCCACCUCCCCUGCAUCCGCCUCUCCUCUCCAGACAAUUCGUACUGCGCAGAGAACGGAGGGCACUCUCUCUGGAGCUCCCGGAGCUGCUGCAGGUGCCCGGGCCGGCCUUGCCUCCUCUGCACCCUCGUAUGCACAAGAAGAGGAUCUCUGGUGGGCAGGGAAGUGUUGGAGAUCACCAUGACUGCAAUGGGAAGACCCCCUCAGUCCAACCUCAUAUCAUCAAUGAAGUCUACCCUCAGGUCAACGCACGCAAGGACAGGGAGGAUCUAGACGAUGAGCUGGACUAUAGUUUAUGUUUCCGGCUUCAGAAGAUGAUGGAGGUGUACAGACCAGACUGGUGUGAGACCAGGGAAGACUGGUCCGUCUUCCUCUUCUCUCCACAAAACAAAUUCAGGUCGUUGUGUCAGUCCAUCAUAGCUCAUAAACUGUUUGACUAUGUGGUUCUGGUCUUCAUCUUCUCAAACUGCAUCACUGUGGCUUUGGAGAGACCCAAGAUUCUGCAGGGUAGCCUGGAGAGGCUUUUUCUCACCGUGUCCAAUUACAUUUUCACAGCCAUAUUUGUGGGAGAAAUGACACUCAAGGUGGUGUCGAUGGGUUUGUAUAUUGGCGAGCAGGCGUACCUGCGCAGCAGCUGGAACAUUCUGGAUGGUUUCUUGGUUUUCGUUUCAUUGAUUGACAUUGUCGUGUCAAUGGCGGGCGGGGCCAAGAUUCUGGGCGUGCUCAGGGUUCUGAGGCUUCUGCGCACACUUCGACCCCUCAGGGUUAUCAGUCGAGCUCCUGGCCUCAAGCUGGUUGUGGAGACUUUGAUCACCUCUCUGAAGCCUAUAGGAAACAUAGUUCUCAUCUGCUGUGCCUUUUUCAUCAUCUUUGGCAUCCUGGGAGUCCAGCUAUUCAAAGGCAAGUUUUACUACUGCUUAGGCCUGGAUGUCAAAAACAUCACCAACAAGUCUGACUGUCUCUUGGCCAAUUACAAGUGGGUCCAUCACAAGUACAACUUUGACAACCUUGGCCAGGCUUUGAUGUCCCUGUUUGUUCUGGCUUCAAAGGACGGUUGGGUCAAUAUCAUGUAUCAUGGUCUGGAUUCAGUAGGAGUUGACCAGCAGCCCACAAUAAAUAACAACCCGUGGAUGCUGCUGUACUUCAUCUCCUUCCUCCUCAUCGUCAGCUUCUUCGUGCUGAACAUGUUUGUGGGUGUGGUGGUGGAGAACUUCCACAAGUGCCGGCAGCACCAGGAGGUGGAGGAGGCCAAGAGGAGGGAAGAGAAGAGACUGAGGCGCAUGGAGAAGAAAAGAAGAAAGGCCCAGAAGUUACCCUACUACGCUAGUUACAGUCAUGUGCGUUUGAUGAUCCACACACUCUGCACCAGUCACUACCUGGACAUUUUCAUCACAGUCAUCAUCUGCGUUAACGUCGUGACUAUGUCACUCGAGCACUACAGCCAGCCACAUUCUCUGGAGAUCGCGCUCAAAUACUGUAAUUAUUUCUUCACCAGCACCUUUGUGCUGGAGGCUGUCCUAAAGCUCAUUGCGUUCGGCUUCCGACGUUUCUUCAAAGACAGGUGGAACCAGCUGGAUUUGGCGAUAGUUCUGCUGUCAAUCAUGGGCAUCACACUGGAGGAGAUUGAGAUCAGUGCUGCUCUUCCUAUCAACCCCACCAUUAUCCGCAUCAUGAGGGUCCUGCGCAUCGCCCGUGUGUUGAAGCUAUUAAAGAUGGCAACAGGAAUGAGAGCCCUGCUGGAUACGGUAGUUCAAGCCCUGCCACAGGUGGGGAAUCUUGGCCUGCUCUUCAUGCUUCUGUUCUUUAUUUAUGCUGCUCUGGGGGUGGAGCUGUUUGGAGAGCUGGUGUGUAAUGAGGACUACCCGUGUGAGGGCAUGAGUCGCCACGCCACCUUUGAGAACUUCGGCAUGGCGUUCCUCACACUUUUCCAGGUUUCCACCGGUGAUAACUGGAACGGUAUAAUGAAGGACACUCUUCGCGAAUGCCCGCCCGGCGAAUACACCUGCAAUCCCAGCCUGCAGUUCAUCUCUCCACUGUACUUUGUGAGCUUUGUACUGACGGCUCAGUUUGUUCUAAUCAAUGUGGUCGUGGCAGUGCUGAUGAAACAUCUGGAUGACUCAAACAAAGAAGCCCAGGAAGAGGCUGAGAUGGAUGCAGAGAUUGAACUUGAGCUGGCCCAGGGAACGCUCUGCUGCAUCGGAGGGUCGGGAGGAGGAGGGGUAGAGAGGAGUGGAGGGGGGCUUCAGGCAGCUGGCCCAAGCUCUGCUAUUCCACAUCACUCCCCAAACACACACACAGGGGCCUGUGAACUCAACAGUGCCAGGAAACUCUACUCACCGGCCCAGGAGAACCUGUGGCUGGACAGUGUCUCUCUGCUCAUCAAAGACUCAUUUGAAGGAGAGAUGCUGAUGAUUGACAACCUCUCGGGCUCAGUCUUCCAUCAUUAUUCCUCCCCACCCAUCUGCAAAGACUGCAGGACUCAUCCGCAGGAGCAGAUCCACAUGGCUGAACUGGAGCAGGCGUCUUUAAGAUCAGAGCAGCUCUCAGAUAAGUCAUCUUCUCCAGCGCUGCCUGAUGACCUCAGUCUGGAUGAACAGAGCGUGUACCAGAUGGCUGGAAAGGGGAGCAAGGAAAUGGGCUGCGAUGAGUUUCUGAGCUCAGAAGAACCAGGAGGGAAAGGUCACAGCAGGUUGCAAAGACCCUGUCGAGUUUACAGCUCCGGGGCAGAGGAAGAGUCGACGGGGGCUGAUUUUCAAAGUCCGCAUCAAUGUCACAACACACCUGCUCGUCACAGCAUUGGUGGAGUUCCCUCUAGCAGUAAUCGAGAGUCUGCAGGAGUCUCAGGAGGUUUGAGCGGCUCUAACACUCCCAUUCGUCUCCCUGCUGAAUUCUUCCACCCGGCAGCCGCCGCCCUCCCUGCUCCUCCCAGUGGCAGACUGGGACACAAACCAAGAGGGCUUCGGCUAACUUCACCAGCCUCGUGGGCUUCUCUGCGCUCUCCUGGAGCCAAUACCAGACUGCUCACCACACAAUAUCCAUCUCACAGCGACUCCUCUCUGGCUACGGGCAGCUCAGAGGGCAGCCUCCCCACGACCAUGGAAGAAGGGCUCAGUUUCAUUGUAUCUGCCCAACAGAACCCUGAGCUCACCCUUCCCCUAUUAGACACGCCUCUUGAUGAGGAUACCGAUCUCUCCACAGAGACCCUGAGACCAAGCCCACCAGCUGCCCAGAACCUCCACACCACCAGGGGGCACCAGCGUAGCAAGAGCAGCUGCGGAACCAACACUAGGCAAGGCUCCGUAGAUCCAUCCGACGAUGACACAGGGAUGGUACCGUGCAGCUCCAACCAGACUUGCGACAGCCAGCAGCUCUCGGAGACCCUGAGCAGCUUCUCGCUCACGUCUUUGCUUCUGCCGAGCUCUCUAGCAUCUACAUCUGUGAAAAAGUGCAACAGCACUGGCAGCUUAGACCAGGGGACUGUCACAUCCCAAGAAAUGGAGGGCAGGCACGUUUUUGCAAAAGAGCCACAGGGUAAUCUCAGCGGACCCUGGAAAGAACGGAAGGAAGAGGGAAGAGAGAGGCAGUCGGAAGCAACCCAGGGCAAGGACGGGGAAAGUACAAGCCAAAUAACAAUCGUAGGCUCCAGCAAAAAUAGAUGAAACUCUACCUAGUGUUAGUAAUUUCUAAGGCCAACUGCCCGGUUUCUCUGUUUUUUUCAGAGAGCGAGUUGACUCUUGGCAUUCCGUCUCAAAAAAUCUCUCUAGCUCCCUGUUUUCAUUUGUGACCUGUUACCAUUUUGUAUUUGCUUGGACUGGUUUCAGUAAGUGUCCAACAGAGUCACUAGUUGGAGGGAAUUGAGAGAAUAGGGUUCAGUCCCUCUGUGCAUGACUAGACUCAGAGGGGAUUGUUCACACAGAUGUCUGUACGACCCGAGUUAUCGUGUCAGGGAGACAACAAACAGUGCACGCAAAGCUGAAUCCCGUGAGGAAUUGUGUGGUUAUGGUGAAUCAAAAAUGAACUAUAUGUAAAAAUAUAUAGAGAAAGAGCAAGAGAGCAACCGACCAUAAACAUACAGUAGUAAAGAGGUUUUCUUCUGUAAUACAGGGCAUGACAUGUUUUAUGAUUAGAUUAAGUUAAAUUAAUAAUGAUUCAAUGACAUUAACUCUUUCACAAAACACAAUUUUUGAAUUUUUUUGUCCUUUUAUGUUAGUUUGUCUGAAUGCAGUUGAGAGGAAGGCCUUCGAGUUUAUGGUUUUGUCUGUUUUAUGCUGUGUUUUAUGCUUUAUUCUGUGUGUCUAUUUAUUUUAUGUUUCGGUUAUUUAUUGGAUUAUUUAUUUAUUUAUUGGUUUGUUUCUAUUAUUUAUCAAUUUCAGUAAAGGGCAAAUGUAAUGCAAAACCUUUUCCAUUAGGAGGGAAAAAUAUGGACACUGGACAGUCCACUGCAUGAUGUAGUCUCUACAAAGACAACCAGUUUAUCAAAUACCACAUGAAGAUGUCAAUUCUGGAUGGGAGCAGAAAGGUUUUUACUCAGAUAUUUUUUUAUUGAUAUGCUCUGGAAUAAAAAAAAACAGGUGACGGUUGUCACUUUAGUCCUCUCCACAACCCCGAAACGUGUGACUUUAUUCCCUGCAAGUGGCUUCCAUUUUUAUAAUUUUGGUUACGUGGAGGGGACUUUUUGUAUGCUUGGAUGUAAAGGACCAAUGGAUUGAAAAAAAGGAACAAAACACGGAUAUUAAACUGUGGAUUACAUUAAACUCUUGGAUGAUGUGAACACAGCCAGACAACGGAUGGUGAACAGGCCAUGGGAUUUAACGUUUCUUCAAGAACCCUGGAGCUUCUACUGUAUUUUGUUCCUUGGAUGGCAUGUCAGAUGAGUACAACGAUGACAUUAAGCUUUCAUUUCGACAUACAGUAACUAGGUUAAUUGGAUUUGCAGCAGACUCGAUUAUUUAUGCAGGAAUUUUCUUUAGCAUGGUUACAGGACUUCAGUAGGGCACCUCUUAUUAUUAUUCCUCCUCCUGAAAAAAUGCACUCGUUUGAUCUUUAUUCCAUGUAGUUUAGACUCCAUUAGUCAUGUGAAUUCAUGUGCAAAUGCAGAUUUUUUGUUUCAAAUGUAGGUACGACAAAUAUACAAAAUAUGAUGAAUUCUUA